AUGGAGGUUACACCUUUCUUUUGGCUUCUGGUGUGCUGGCAUCUUGUCAGACGCACCUUACGACUCUAUGGAUACUGGCGAAUGAACCCACUCCCGGUACCAGAUAACCCUCGAAUGCGACCGGAUUGUGUCAGCGUGUUGAUUCCCACCAUUGGCGCACCUGCAGACCUCAUACCCCCGCUCUACACAAUGUUGGACAACAAUCCCAAGGAGAUUAUUUUUGUCACGACAGCAGCUUUGAUCAGGGAAAUGAGAGCGGUUCUGCAGAAGUUCAUUCCGAAAGAACAACUGCACAAAAUUCAUGCUCUCGACAUCCCCUUACCCAAUAAAAGAAACCAGCUCAUGCGCGGUAUUCAAGCAGCCGCAGGAGAGGUUAUUGUGCUAGCGGACGAUGAUGUGUACUGGAGCAAGAACCUUUUGCAACAAGUCCUCGGCGUUCUGGAAUUGGAACCCGAAGUUGGUGGCGUCACCACGCAGGAAGAAGCACAUGGUCUGGACGCUCGAAGUCCGGAAACAAUCACUUUCUGGGAAGCCCUCGAGGCUCGCCGUCUCAGCAUGCGCAACAUAGAUAUUGCUGCCUCCAGCUGGCUGGACGGUAGUCAAACAGUUUUGACUGGACGGACUGCAGCCUACCGAGCGUGCAUAUUGAAAGACCCGCAUUAUCUGUCUGCUUUCACAAACGAGUACUUUCUGUGGAGAUACCGCAUGCAUUGCGGCGAUGACCAAUUUACUACCCGCUGGCUAUUGAACCACGGAUGGAAAACCCGUAUGCAGACAGGGGCUAUGAUCUACUGCGAGGCUCUCAACGACAGUCGUCAUGUGAAACAGACCCUACGAUGGGCAAGGAAUGGUAAGAUCUCAAGUCUGAAGCGGUUUUUCGGAUCAAAACGAAUGUGGAAGCGAUAUCCAUGGCUAGCUAUUACCACAUCCCGUACAGUAUUAUCCAUGGUACUCCAGUUAUGGCGCCUCUCGUUCGUGGUGUAUAUUUUCUCCAACCCAUGGCUCCUCAUUGAGAGGAUUGUCGGCCUAAGACUAACUUUCUGGAUUGGCUUCUAUGUACCACUGCUCGUUGAACAUGUUGCAUACGGUGUGGUGCACAGAUGGUAUUUCAGACAUCUAGGAGCCCAAAUAUUGAAGGACUUCAUACAGCAAUACUUCGUGUCUGUCUAUACGACCCUAACUCUGCAUGCGAACCACUGGGGCUCUCGGGAAGUCUAA